AUGAUGAGUGCAAAAGUUGUCAAUGAAGUUUAUCAGUCCCAAAGGCCGCCAAGAUCAGCUAAAACUCCUAUAAAGCAAGGUAUUCAAACCCCUGAAAAAGUCAGGAUGAAUAGAAGCGGAAAUAUUGAGCUUGAAAAUAGUCAAGGUGCAGGAACACAGAUAAGAAGGGUUAAGCCGAAAACGUUAUAUAAAUCUAGAAGCUUGGAACAUUCAAAAUCCUUUACAGCGAUAGAUGACCUAAAAGAGAUCACAAGCAAAUGCUCAGAACAGGCUAAAAGGCUCCAGACAGUUUGGUCAAAAACAGAGUACAAGUUGAAAAGAAAAGGGCUUGAUCUAUGGAAAAAUGAGCUUGAAAGAGCAAAUCAAAGGAGCAAUUGGCAUUAUAACACAGUUUUAUUAUGCUCGUUAUUUAAUUUAUGAAAGGAAAAUAUAGCCAGAAAAAAGUAUGUGGAAAUGAAUAGUGAGUUGAUGGAAAUACUCAAAAAAUUUAAAGAUGCCUUAAUGAGUGAGAAGGAGAUAGAAGAAAGCGAUAGUUUGGAAACCAGUUUAGAUGAAAAAUCGUGAAAGACUGAAAUAGCUAACGAGAAAUACAAAAGUUGGCUAAUGAAAAGGUCUAUGCAUGGGCUGCUUGAUUUUUAUAUUUUUUCAGUUACACAAGAAAGCACAUUGGAUGAAUACUAUAAGAAAAAACUUGCAAGAAAAGCGUUUAAUGUUUGGGAAAAUCAAGCCUAUAGCGCCGAUCCAUACGAAAAUGUGAUUGAAGCUUUUAAACUUGUAAGUUUUAUAUAGAAUACCUUACUCCACCUUCCGCGAGUGAACAAAAGAAUUUUAUUCACUUAGUUUUCUUUUUUAAAAGUAAUUAUGUAUAAAAUUUAUAGAAAAUUUUAUUUUCGAAGUUUUAAUUUGUUAAAUUUGGAAGCAAAUAUUAUUUUAAAUUUAUAAAAUUUAUGUUUUAAAAUGCAAUUUGUUUGAAAUUAAACAGAAUUAGCUCGAGAUUUGUUAUAAUAAUUAUCACUUAUAAAUCAAUUGUUUUUCAGAAAAAAAAUUUCUUUUAAAAUAAUUAUUGUUCGCUCACAAAGGGUGGGUUUUUGGGCCAAAAAUAGGGAUUUUUCCAAUGGUUUUGUUCACCCACGGAUGGGAGAGUUAGGGUUUUAAAGUUUUCAGUGCUUGGAAAGCUGUGAAAAAUUAUAUACUCGUUAUUUUCUUUAUUUCUGAUUAUUUUCUGUAAUUGUCAUUAAAAUCUCAAUAAUGAAUUCAUAUAUAAAAACCAUAAUUAA